AUGGAGGAUACUCGACCGCCCAAUAUUUGGGUUGACGGCCCUAAUGACAAGCACAAGUGUAUCAUCACUCCGCCUGCACGCAUGAGCUUGUUUGAUGCCAAAGAGGCUUCAACCUUCGGGCUUUUCCGACCCAAGGUCGCGCGGUCGAUUAUCGCUCAGCUUAUUCAUGGAGUCGCAUUCCUUCAUAGUGAAUACAUUGUACAUGGCGGCAAUGUUUUACUCCGGUUUCCUGAAGCAAUAGACCGUCUCUCCACAUUAAAGCUGUACGAAAAAUUCGGAAAGCCAGAAGCAGAGACCAUUGUUCGGCUUGAUGGAAAGCCAUCGACGAAUGGUGUACCCGGGCAAGUAUUCAUUCCCGGUUGGUUAGGUGUCUGCAGCGAGGAUAUUGAACUUGGCGAGGAAAGGAUCAUCCUUAAUGAUUUCGGAGAAUCUUUCAAUCCACAUAUAUCACCGAAACUCUCCUCCAAGACCCUUCCUCUCCUCCAACCACCCGAAGCCAGAUUCUCGGACCAGCCGCUCCCCUUUGCGGCGGACAUCUGGAAACUUGCCUGUACCAUCUGCGAGAUUGCUGGCUACCGCCCAUUGUUUGAAGCGUUCUUUAAAACUGCAGACCGAGUUACCGCAGAGCAAGUCGAGAGCAGAAGACUGGAUUGGUUCGAUGAAGAGGGUGAAUUGAUUCUGAAGCCAGGGAUGUCUGGGCGCAGGGCCUUUGGUCAGAGGCUUGAAUACUCUAUACAAGAGCCAUGGGCUGAGGCGGGCUUAGAGACUAUGACGGAUAAAGAAAGGAGGACGUUUGAGAUGAUGCUUCGGUCGAUGUUGAUCUAUCGGCAAAAUAAAAGAGUGAUGGAUCAACAGGUAUUAGAGUCGGAAUGGAUGCAAGACUGA